AUGAGCGGCCCCUACCCGGAGGAGAGCUGCGCCGAGCGCCCCGAGUGCAAAAGUAAAUCGCCAACUUUGCUGUCCUCCUACUGCAUCGACAGCAUCCUGGGCCGGCGGAGUCCCUGCAAGGUGCGGCUGCUCGGUACCGCGCCCACCCUGCCCGCCAUCGCCGCCCGUCCCGACACCGACAAGACCGCACAAGGGUCCCCUAAGGCCAGUGCCCCCUUCGAGCCGGCCGAGCUGCACCUUCCCCCCAAACUGCGCCGGCUUUACGGGCCGGGCGGGGGCCGGCUGCUGCCGCCGCGGGCGGCGGGGCCGCGGGGGGACCGGACGGAGGGGCGACCGGAGGGGGGCGCGGGCCCCGUGCCCGCUGCCGGCCCAUGGGACACGCUGAAGAUCAGCCAGGCGCCCCAGGUCAGCAUCAGCCGCAGCAAAAGCUACCGUGAAAACGCGCCCUUCGUGGCGCCGCCGCCCGCCCGGGACGAGCUGGGCAGCCCCGCCGCACACGUCGAGGAACGGCCGGGCCCUGCCGCGCCGGCCGCGGAGGAGGAAGAAGAGGAAGAGGACGAAGAGAUGCUGGAGGAGGACGAGGAUGAGGAGGAAGAGGAGCUGGAGGACGACGAAGAGGAGGAGCUGCUGGGCGAGGACGGCGGGGGGCUGCUGAAGGAUGCCCGCCGGGGCGCCACCGCGGCCCCCGGGGCGGAGGGCGGGGAUCUGUCCCCCAAGGAGGAGCUGCUGCUGCACCCCGAGGACGGCGAGGGCAAGGACGGCGAGGAGAGCGUCUGCCUCUCGGCCGGCAGCGACUCCGAGGAGGGGCUGCUCAAGAGGAAGCAGCGCCGCUAUCGUACCACCUUCACUAGCUACCAGCUGGAGGAGCUGGAGAGGGCCUUCCAGAAAACCCACUACCCCGACGUCUUCACCAGGGAGGAGCUGGCCAUGAGGCUCGAUCUGACAGAAGCCCGAGUGCAGGUAUGGUUCCAGAACCGUAGGGCUAAGUGGCGGAAGAGGGAAAAGGCUGGGGCUCAGACACACCCCCCAGGUUUGCCUUUCCCUGGUCCCCUGUCAGCAACUCACCCCCUCAGUCCAUACCUUGAUGCUAGUCCUUUCCCUCCUCAUCACCCAGCUCUAGACUCCGCCUGGACCGCCGCCGCCGCCGCGGCCGCCGCCUUCCCCAGCCUGCCGCCGCCGCCCCCCGGCUCCGCGGCGCUGCCCCCCGGCGGGACCCCGCUCGGCCUCGGCACCUUCCUGGGCGCGGCCGUGUUCCGCCAUCCCGCCUUCAUCAGCCCCGCCUUCGGCAGGCUCUUUUCCACCAUGUCCCCCCUGGGCAGCGCCUCCAGCGCCGCGGCCUUGCUGCGGCAGCCGGCGCCGGCCGCCGAGGGCGCGGUGGGCUCGGCGGGGCUGGGGGACCCGGCCAGUGCCGCCGCCGACCGGCGGGCGUCCAGCAUCGCCGCCCUGCGGCUGAAGGCCAAGGAACACGCCGCCCAGCUCACCCAGCUCAACAUCCUCCCUGGGAACAGCACGGGGAAAGAGGUGUGCUAA